AUGGUUCGUGGGAGACCUAGUCGUGCGAAUGCACAGCAACAAUCCGGUCCAGGCCAGCCAGGCUUCCUACCAACCCAACGACAGCGCCUGGCAUAUGAGCGAGUGCUGCGCCGACUCCUGCAACCCCACGUCGUGCAUCGUCACUUGAUGUUUCGGCAUCUUAUCCUCAACAACUGGGAUGUUGACGCUGCACAUACCUCUCUGCUGGCAGAGAUCAAUCAGAGACGCGGCUUGCCAGGCUCUGUGGCUCCAGCUCUACCUCAAGCGACUGCGAACAAUCCCGUCACACCCACCGACACGAAUGAGGCGCAUAGAAUCAUCGAUGACCUUCCCAGCGAGACAUACCACGAGGAUGAACGUCGAGCUGCAGCGGUCAAGUUUCGUGACCUGAUCCUGUCACUCCCAGGCGCCAUGCGCGCUACACUCUCCAUCAGUGAAGCCGUGCUCCUGCUCCACCUCGCCGGCUGGGAUAUGCACGUGGCUCGCGAAGAAUGGAGGGGCCAUGAUGAUGCAUUGAACCGCCUGCACGUCAAUUUCGACCGAAUGAGAUCUCCAGAAGGCACGAAGGUGAUCCGAAAGGCCAGCGGUGAGCAGGAACGUCAAGACGAACGUCUUGCACUACUCAUUGCCCUCACAGGCCGUGCCGACUGGCGCUCUCUGCAGCUGUUCCUCCAGUCCGAGGAUGUGCAAUUCAACGUGGUUCAUGCCAUCGUCAUCUGGUUUAGAACGGGCAUUGGCGCCGCUAGAGCAAAGAGAGACCAGAAGACGCGCAGGGACUCUUUGCAGCAAGAGCUCCCCAUGCCGUCUGCAAAAAGUACGUUUGCGCCUGUCCCCGACAACAGCUGGAGGCAGGAAGCCGAAUUUUUCCGGCGCGUCAAUGACUUCGACCCUGCCAAUGACAACCUUGUCCCUCUGCCACCACUCCGCGAAGACAACCGUGGCAAACGUCCCUUUGGCUUUCUGAUUGAACCAGAUCGCACACCGCUCCAAGCUGGUCGGUACUUUGCCGAAGAGUACUUCACCGUCGAUUACAUCACCGGCGGCAAGUACAAGGCCGUUUCCUUCUCUCGAAAAGAGUACAAGUGGCCGAGGCUUGACGACUCUUCCACGGAUUCCGAGGACAAAGAUAAGCCACGGUACGAUUUCAGCAAGGAAGAUGAUAUCAAGAAGAUCAACGCCUUUCGUCGUCAGCCGUUCUCUCGAGCCACGGGUGUGCUCAUUCGCAAAGGGUCUCAAGUGUGGUUCCCAAUCGAGAAUGCCCUUUUGCAUCAGUCGCUCAAGAACGCAUUUGAGAAGCACCAGCAGGCUCACGGCAACUCUGCCAACGCGCCUAAGUUCGGUGUGAGUGACCAGCUGAUUCAGCAACUGGCUGAUGGCCUCAACGAUGCCUUUGUGGGUACGAGACCUGGUGCCACGGCCGCGAUUCGGGGCGAACGCACUGCGGAAGCCGUCGCGACACAAUCACGACGUUUCUUUCCCAAUGUCGAGGAGUUUGGCAUUCCCAUGGACUCGAAUUGGUUCAAUAAGAAGCGCAAGGUCUCUGCGGAGAAGUACAAGGCCAACCAGCGUGAAGAGCUGAAGCAAGGCCUUGCCACGCUCGUCUCUUGGAUUGUCAGCAAGGAACGUACAGCGCAGGGGCAUGUCGAUGAGUCUGCUGCGGACGGUGAGAACUACGAUGCCGGGAUUGAGUCUGACGACGAUGAAGCCACCAAGGAGCGCAAGCGCCACGAUAAUCGCUCCCUGAUGAAGCUGAUUCGUGAGAAUCAGGAGAAGGUCGAGGCUGCUAAGAAGCGCCGGGCCGCUCAAGGCAAUCCAAAUGGAGGAGAGGAUCCGCCGCCAGGAGAGGAUUCACCACCAGGAGAAGAUCCGCCAGCCAGACCUCGACCACGGAGUCCAAGAAUUUCCAGCCCUGACAGCUCAAGCAGUUCGAGUGCCUAUGAUUCCGAAGACGACACUGAGCUGGGGCCAGGUGCUGGCUCGAAGCACCCACUCUCCGAGGAUGACGAGUAG